AUGGAGAGUCUUCUCUUGGAGAGAAUGCAGGAGACAGUCUCUUCGACUCAGAGUCUGAGUAGCUCCAUCGUGGACUAUAGACGCGAGAACGGAAGGACAUAUCAUCGAUACAAAGACGGGAAGUAUAGCCUUCCUAACGACGAACUCGAAGCCGAACGACUAGAUCUCCAGCAUCACCUCUUUCUCCUUACUUUUGACGACAGUCUCGGUCUCGCACCGCCAAAUAAGGCCAAGUCAGAGGUCAAGAGGGUUCUCGACUUGGGCACGGGCACGGGAAUCUGGGCCAUGGACUUUGGAGACGAGCACCUAGAAGCUCAUGUCGUUGGCGUCGACUUGUUGCCUAUUCAACCUACCUUUGUGCCUCCCAAGGUCGAGUUCUUCAUCGAUGAUAUCGACGAGGAGUGGAAUCAUUCUGCGCCUUUCGACUAUACUCACAGUCGAAUGAUGACGUCGAGUAUCGGAAACUGGCCAGACUAUCUCAAAAAGAUCUACGACAACCUCAACCCUGGCGGCUACGUUGAACUCCAAGAAGCCGACCUCUUCCUCUUCUCAGACGAUGGCACCCUCCAACCAACACAAGCCCUCCCCCGCUGUCUCCAACUCAUGUACGAAGCCUCAGUAAAACCCGGCAGACCCUACCAAGAGAUCCCCCCUCUCAAAGACAUCCUCGCAGCAAUAGGCUUCAUAGACAUCGUCGAAACACGACGUAGAUGGCCAAUCAGCACAUGGCCAAAAGACAAGAGACUUAAAGAGCUCGGGGCCUGGAGCAGGGCGAAUCUAGAGGGCGGACUUGAAGCGUUUACUAUGGCACCGCUUACGAGGGCGCAUGGGUGGAAUGGAGAGAGGGUGACGCUGUUUUUGGUUGAUGUUAGGAGGGAGCUGAAUGAUACGAGCAUUCAAGCGUAUUGGCCAGUGUACUCAAUCUAUGCAAGGAAACCCGAGGUUUAA